AUGGAUAUUAUUACAGCCACGGAAUCCUCUGCGUUAAAAUUAGAAUACAACAAUAAAAUUGAAAAUGCCCAAGACCUAAGGAAAAAUGUUUUAAGAGAACUAAAAACCGGAAAAAAAUUAAAUAAUAAUCUUACAAAAGAACAAUGGAAAGCUUAUAGAGAAAUAAAAGAGGAAAAAAACGUUGACAUAUAUCCAUUCGACAAAGGGACAGGUUUUGUACGAAUUGAACAUUCAAAAGCCUUGGAAAAAAUUCGCGAACAAAUAGGCCCAACAAAAAUAGUAAGUGAAGACCCUACUGCAAAUUACGCGGCUAAAAUUCGUAGAUGUCUUUCAAAACUAAAUAAAAGAAACUGUUUUUCAAAAGAGGAAUACGAAAAAAUAUAUCCUAGUGAUCCCAUCCCGCCUCGUAUGUAUGGUGUAAUCAAAGCCCACAAACCUGAAAAAUUCUAUCCUAUGAGAAUAAUUAUCUCCACAAUCGGCACACCAAACUACGGAAUAUCUGAGUUCUUAGUUAAGAUAAUACAACCAGUUUUGAAUGAAAACUUGACAAGAUUAAAAAAUUCCUUUGACUUUAUUAAAAAAGCUGAAUCUUGGAAAAUUGACAAUGAUGAAGUUCAGGUAUCUUUUGAUGUCGUAAAUCUGUAUCCGUCGGUUCCUUUAAAAGAAGCCACCCUUGUACUUAUAGAAAAAUUAAAUAAUAAUACAACAUAUAAAAAACUAACAAGACUAAGUAUACCUGAGAUAAAACAACUUAUAGAACUUUGUUUAUUUCAAUGUUAUUUUCAUUGGAACAAUGAAAUUCAUAUAAUGGAAAACUCGGGUCCAAUUGGACUUUCGUUCAUGGUCGUUCUUGCAGAAUCAUUUCUACAAUUCCAUGAAAACAAUGCAAUUAAAGUUGCACUAAAUUUCAACCCUGCACUUAACCUCAAAUCGUUCUUAAGAUAUGUCGAUGAUAGUCACGCCAGGUUUCCAGAUCUCAACCAAGCAAAACAUUUCCAAUACAUUUUAAAUCAACAACAUCCUUCCAUCCAGUAUAAAAUUGAAGUUGAAAACGAGUUAGGAACACUAAAUUAUCUGGAUAUACAAAUUAUGAAUAAAAAAACAGGAAAGUAUGAAUACGCAGUAUAUCGGAAAGAUGCUAUCACUAACAUUCAAAUUAAGCCACACUCAAAUCAUGAUCCAAAUAUCUUGAACUCUAUUUUUAAAGGAUUUCUCCACCGAGCUUACUCAAUCUGUAACAAUGAAGGAGCACAAGACUUUAUUGAUGAAGUAAAUUGCAAAUUUACUGUAAAAUCUGCAUCAACACUUAGACGUCAAAAACUUCCUAUGUUGUAUGAAAAGGUAAAGGAGGGGUUGCAAAUAAAAUUUUUAAAAGAUUUUCCAGAAGUAAGUGGAGUUAGUUUUACAACAGAUCUCUAG